AUGCAUCUGAUGUUUGCGGAUAACAUAAUCGGACCAAACUCAGACAAUGCUCUGUAUGACCUGGCAAUGCAGCCAGCUCCAGGGGCCUCUAUCGGUAUAAUGCAUGACUGGUAUCCUACAAACAAGUCGCAAUACAACGAUAUGCAAAAGCUCAACGCCGAAAAAUCUAACAAGAAGAUACCCUUUAUGCAGACGGGGGAGUGUUUGCACGGAGUGGGAUCUUUCAAACAAUCAAUGUUCCCUCAAGUAAUUGGUAUGGCAGCAUCAUUUGACACUGACCUAGUGCAUCGCAUCGGUCGAGCCAUUGCUACUGAGGCACGAUCGAUUGGCAUUCAUGCGUGUUUUGCCCCGGUGCUUGAUCUUGCGAAAGAGCCGCGCUGGGGUAGAGUGCAAGAGGAUUGGGGCGAGGAUAUGGUACUCACCUCUCACAUGGGUGUUGCAUUUGCCUCUGGUUUAUCAAAAAAUAGCACGUGGUCAGCCUCUGAUGCUGUCAUUCCCGUGAUGAAGCAUUUCGCAGCCCAUGGCAGCCCUCAGGGAGGCCACAAUGCGGCCCCUUUUAUGGGUUACGGAACACGCGAAGUUCUACAGGAGAUGCUGGUUCCCUUUAAAGCAGCCGUGGAGCUGGGUGGAGUGAAGGGUGUUAUGAUGGCAUACAGCGAGUUUGACGAUGUUCCUUGUUCAGUGAAUCCCCUGCUCUAUCAAGCUUUAGAAGACUGGGGUUACGAUGGCUUUAUCACUGCAGAUGACACAGUCACUAGCUCAGUGGCGGAUACCAUUGCUCAGUGGCACAACGCUGGGGGAAUGAUUCAAUAUUAUGAUUUUCCCUUGAGCGAAUAUGUCGAGGCAACUGCUGCUUUGGUUUCUAAUGGGACGACUGAGCUAUCGCAAUUGCAGUCGCUGGCCAAGCGUGUGCUGGGCGUGAAGUAUGAUUUGAAUCUCUUUGAUGACCCAUAUAUCGCAGACGGGAUUGACUCACAGGCAAUCACUGCCUCACACGUGCCUCUUACACUGGAGGCGGCCCAGAAGAGCAUAGUUCUUCUCGAGAAUAACAAUUCAACUCUACCUUUACAGGUUGACGAACAGCAAAUCAGCACAAUCGCUUUGAUAGGACCUUUCAGUGACACAUUCAAUUAUGGUGAUUAUUCUGGUCAAUUCGGCGGCUACCCAGUCAGAAAUGCUAGCACAAUCCGCCAAGGUAUCACCGAGCACCUGGCAACUAACUUCCCUGAUACUGAGCUUCUCACGAGUUGGGGGGCCAAUUCUUGGAGCUACAAUGGGCAAUACAAUAUACCGCCAUAUCUACUGUCUGGGAAUGGUACCUCUAAUGGUUUGAUGGCGACCUAUUUUGCAGAUAUCAACUUCACCGAUCCAAGAGUACAAAAGCUGGAGACUCCUAGCCUUGACUGGGGUCUGUAUCCACCUGAAGGCCUCCCCUCAAACAACUUCAGUGUGAUCUGGGAAGGUGAACUCGAAGUACCUGUUGAGACAGCGACAAACGGCUGGCUUGGCGUCGCUGUUUAUGCAAAUACCUCUGCCAAGUUAUACAUUGAUGGUAACCUUCAUGUUAACGUUGAACCCACCACAGCCGGCAAUAUUCUUUCAAACAUACCAGGCAUUUCUUACACUUCGGUCAACGGAACAAUCGCGCCACCGGGCUCAGAGGUCUUUCUCUUUAAAAAGGGUGCCAAGCAUCACAUCAAGCUCGAGUACCAAACCUGGAAUUAUGUGCAGAAAUUCGAAAACGCCAACUCUCUUAAUGCACAGGUCAUACUGUUUUGGAAUCUCGUCGAUGCCAUCCAUGCUCUGGACCAGGCUGUCGAUGUUGCUCAAAAGUCGGAUGUCGUUAUUCUAACUCUUGGUGCUAAUUGGAAUAGCGAUGGCGAGUCUGGUGACCGUGCAACUCUGGGAUUCUCUCCAAACCAAACCUUGCUUGCGGAUGCAAUUUAUGCGGUUGGAAAACCAGUUGUUCUCAUAUUACAAGGAGGUCGACCUUUUGCCGUUCCGGAGUAUUACAAUAAAUCAGCGGCCGUCUUGAACACAUUUUUCCCAGGGCAGUCUGGUGGGCAAGCCAUCUCCGAUGUCCUGUUUGGUACUAUCAAUCCUGGUGGCAGAGUUCCCAUCAGCGUUCCUUACAGCGCCGGGACUUUGCCCGCUUUUUAUAACUACAAACCAUCAUUUCCUCGAGACUAUACAGAUACUCCGUACCAGUCCUUGUAUCCCUUUGGCUACGGCUUAUCAUACACAAACUUCACAACAACAAAUUUCCGCUCCACAGUUGACGGCAAUGAGGGGACGCAGGGUGAUUUGAAAUUUGGAAGCAAGUCAAACAUUACGUUCCUAGUGGAAGUGACCAAUUCUGGCAGUGUUGCGGGAAGCUAUGUCCCGCAAGUUUACCUCCUCGGUCGUGUGUCUUCAAUUGUUCGCCCCGUGAAACAGCUUGUCGCCUUCACACGGGUGUAUUUGUCGGCUGGGGAGUCGGUUGAAGUUUCUUUGGAAUUGGAAGUGAGCCGAUAUCUUCCCAUCUUGGAUCGAAAAUAUGAAUGGACUGUGGAACUGGGCGAUUACACAUUCGCAUUGCUGGAAAAUGGAGGAAGUGACGCUGAUACCUCUCUGAAUGUCACUUUAACCUGUGUUGACGCAUCUGGAGCCCCUCCUCAGCUCUUCCUCGGUCCGCAAGCCAGCAAGCCACAUGGUCACACCCUUCGGGCCGUCAACGCUGGGCAUAAAAGGAACAUGCGUUAUAUCUCACCCUCCGACAACGUGUUCCCCUCCUCCAAAUGCCCAAUGCAAGUUCAAAAGGAGAUGUCUACAGCAGAUUCGGUGCAACAAGAUCCACAGCGGUUGUAUACAUCAGAGGAAAUCGCGAGCCAUAACAAGGAGGGUGACCUAUGGGUGAUUAUUAAUGACAAGGUCUUCGACCUGACAACCUACGCGGACACACACCCGGGUGGUAAAAAAGUCCUUCUCAAAGAGGCAGGCUCAGAUGCAACGAAGAAAUUCCUCAAAUACCACAGACCGUAUAUCAUGGACCAACACGGCGACGCACUUUGCAUUGGAGUUGUGAAAAAGAAUGAUUCCAGCGGCAAGGGAUUUUGGCAAAAGGUGCGAUCGUCUCUAUUUCACUAG